AUGAGGCUAACAUUUCGCGUGGCCAUCGCCGUCGCACUGGUCUUCACUAUCUUCAUUCUGAAGAAUCACCUCUCCACAAUUGACGAGCAAUGGCAACCUGAUCGCACAAGCCGUGUCCCAGAUUUUAUCCUCGACGAUGCUGGCACCCAUAUCGAGCUGGUCUCGGGCGACGACCUCCCUGCGACUCCGGCUGCUUCAAGCUCCCCAAUUGUGUCGUCGAUUUCAUCGUCCAUGACAACUUCAACCACCCAGGGAUUUUUCGAGGCAACCGGUUUGCCGGUUACACCAGCGCAAUUUGAACCGAAAAUGAUUCCGGUGGACGUGCCCGGCUCAAAUUACGAUAAUGAUCAGUUCUGGGAGGAGUACCUGGAAGAUUUAAAUUACAACAUUGGGUCAAGACAUGGGCAUAACCAACCGCCGAAACCGCAAACUACACCCAAGCCGCCGGUGCCCAAAUUGACGGAUCGCAUUAUUGUGCUGGGGAGGAUGUCUUGGGAAGAUUCCGAUUGGUUGGAAGAGGAACUGCCCGAGUGGCCGAACGCAGUCUACGUCGUUGACGAACCCGAAUCCGAAUACCAUGUGGCAGAAAAUAAAGGCAAAGAGAGCAACAUCUACCUUACGUGGAUUAUCGACCAUUACGACAAUCUGCCCGAGUUUAUGGUAUUCCUACACGCACAUCGCUACGCCGAUCAUGUCGAACUCAUGGAGCAAGAUAAUGCUCAGACAGUGCAACGAUUGCAGCUAGACUACGUCCGCAAAGUCGGAUAUGUUAACCUGCGCUGUGACUGGACUCCGGGAUGCCCGGAUGAGGUCUACCCAUUCCGACAGUUAGCAGGACGCACAACAGAAAUCGCCUUCGCGGGAGCCUGGAUCGGUAUUUUCAACAACACAGAUAUCCCCGAGGUGAUUGGAACAGCGUGCUGUGCCCAAUUUGCGGUCACCAAGGAGCAGGUGCUGGCCCGACCGCUGAGCGACUAUAUGCACUAUUAUCAAUGGCUGAUGGAUACGCAACUGGAUGAUGAGACCAGUGGCCGUGUGUUUGAGUAUCUGUGGCAUAUUAUUUUCGGGCAGGAUCCCGUCACAUGUCCAACUAAAGCGCAAUGUUAUUCGGAUGUGUAUGAUAUGGAGUACAUCGAGCCGUUGAUUCCUGACUGGAUCUCUGAUAAUCCGUUCAAGAAUCUGAAAAACGACGAGGAUUUCUUCGGAGGGUUUGACUUGCCUGGGGAUUCUUUCGAUGGUGAGACCUGGGGCGAGGACAAUGAAGAGAAAGAAAAUGAAGAAAUCACAGAAGACAAUGAAAAGGUUGCGAACAAAGAUACAAGUGAUGAGGAGCCGUUCGAUUUCGCUGGUCCCUGGCAUGAGCUUGACGAUCUACCAACGGCCUCGGAUAAUAACAAUCAUCCAUGGAAGGACACAAAUGACGACCUUCGUCGACAGACUCACGCAAAGACGACACUUGACCCGUCAGCCACGGAUUAA